UGCCCGGGCCGCCGUGCCGGUGGAUGUCAAAGGCUGAAGCGGCGGCGCCGCCACAGUAUAACUCGUGGGGGCUGCGCGGCGGCCAUGGCCACAGCCGCCUCCAACCCCUACAGCCUCCUCGGCUCAGGCUCGCUCGCCCAUGCGGACGGCGCGGGCAUGCAGCAGGGGAGCCCCUUCCGCAACCCGCAGAAGCUGCUGCAGAGCGAGUACCUGCAGGGCGUCCCCGGCAAUGGGCAUCCGCUGGGACACCACUGGGUGACUAGCCUAAGCGACGGCGGGCCCUGGCCCUCGGCGCUGGCCGGUGGCCCGCUGGAGCAGCCCGACGUGAAGCCGGGCCGUGAGGACCUGCAGCUGGGCGCCAUCAUCCACCACCGCUCGCCCCACGUCUCCCACCACUCGCCCCACGCCAACCACCCGAGCGCCUGGGGGGCCAGCCCGGCCCACAGCGCCUCGCUGGCCCCCCCCGCCGCCGCCGCUGGGCAGCCCCUCAACGUCUACUCGCAGGCGGGUUUCGCGGUGGGCGGCAUGUUGGAGCACGGCGGGCUGACCCCGCCGCCCUCCGCCGCCGCCGCGCAAGGCUUACACCCGGGGCUGCGGGGCGAAGGCGGCGGGGAGCACGGCGAGCUGGGUGGGCACCACUGCCAGGACCACUCGGAUGAGGAGACGCCGACCUCGGACGAGCUGGAGCAGUUCGCCAAGCAGUUCAAGCAGCGGCGCAUCAAGCUGGGCUUCACCCAGGCCGACGUGGGCUUGGCCCUGGGGACCCUCUACGGCAACGUCUUCUCUCAGACCACCAUCUGCCGCUUCGAGGCCCUGCAACUAAGCUUCAAGAACAUGUGCAAGCUGAAGCCGCUGCUGAACAAGUGGCUGGAGGAGGCCGACUCUUCCACCGGCAGCCCCACCAGCAUCGAUAAGAUCGCGGCGCAGGGGAGGAAGAGGAAGAAGCGGACCUCCAUCGAGGUGAGUGUCAAGGGCGUGCUGGAAACGCACUUUCUCAAGUGUCCCAAGCCGGCCGCCCAGGAGAUCUCCUCGCUGGCAGACAGCUUGCAGCUGGAGAAGGAGGUGGUGCGGGUCUGGUUCUGCAACCGGCGGCAGAAGGAGAAGCGAAUGACCCCGCCGGGCGAGCAGCCGCAACACGAGGUGUAUUCCCACGGCGUGAAAACGGACACGGCCUGCCACGACCUCUGACCGGGGGCUGCGGGGCAGGCAGGACUGCGGGCGGCGCGGAUUCUCCGCCGGGGCUUUAAGUUAUGCGUUCCGAGAGGUGGGAGACGUGGAGCGAGGGCUCCCCGCUCCCUGCCUGGGCAAUAUUUUUUUCUCUCUCCGACCUUUUCCGCUGAUCAGUACACGGUGUUUACUCGCAGACAAGGUUUGUUUUCGGUCUCCACUAGGACGAAGGAAAAAAAAAUAAAAGGGGGGGAAAAAACGGAAAAAAAAAAAAAGGAAAAAAAAAACCCCACGGGAAAAAGGAAAAAAAAAAAAAAAAAGGAAAAAAAACCACGACAGAAAAGGAAAGACAGAUGUGUGCCUAUGAAUAACCUUCCAGCGCCUUGGUUAUAUCAGCUGUAUUUCAGGUGAAUCUGUUUUACAAUAGACUAGUUUUGCAUUUUUAAAAACUUAUAUAGCGUUUUUAAAUGUCUGAGGUGUUUUACUACAAACUGUACACAAUAUUUGUGACCUAAUUUGUAUCGAAUUGAUCAGGCAAAACCGUUUCUCCCUUCCCCACGCACCGGCAAUGUCAGCCGGCGGGGACGGGGCAGGGCGGCCGCGGCCCUUCUUCCUGCCCCCACUCCCUGCCCCCUCCCAGGAGAUGGGGUUCCCCUUCCGCGCCCGCGGAGCCCUGCGCACCCAGUUGCCGCACGCAGGGUUGUGAAGAACAGGUUUAUUUGUUGCAGCUUUUCCUCUUUCCAGAACGUCCCAACAUCGUAGGACGGUCGGGUUACAAUCCGGACCUUCCCCCUCUUCUCGCAAGGGAAAAAAAUAACCAAAACCAAACCCAAAAUCAAUACAAGCAAUUAUUUCUAAGGUACUUCUUUGAAAUUAAGCAUCACAAACUAAAGCGGUGGCUUCGGCCAGUGUUUUUCUUUCCGAAGAGGAGUUGGGCUUUUUGAUCAGCGCCAGACUGAGAGGUCUGUAGUAAAACACCUUUAUACUUCUGCGCUUUGGCUUCGGAAAUCAGUUUCUCUGUAUUUUGUUUCAAUAGUGAAGAGGAAUGAGGUGUCUCAUGAAUUUUGGGGGGGUGGGGGGGGGAAGGGAGGAGGGAAGGGGACAGAAAAUGCCUGCAUUUGGUUCAUGCUGAGCUUAUUUCCGCAUCACAGGGAGAUGCUGGGUUUGUUGAAAAGCUUAUAUAUAUAUAUACACACACACACACACACAUAUAUAUAUAUAUAAAAUCAACAAAACCGAAACGAAUAGGGAGAAAAACAAACGAAGAGAAAGUCACUAAAAUGCUAGAACCAUAACCAUUUUUGC